AUGGGGUUUUUCACUGAUCAUCCAUAUACUUCGGUUACGGAAUCCAUCAAUAAGGCCGUUAUAUCAGAAAAUGCAACGUUAGAAGUUGAAUUAGGAAACAUACUGCAGUUGAUUCGAACUGGUGACACCGACACCAAUCAAGUAGAAGCAGCUAGGGCGAUUAGAAAACGAUUAAAGCAUGGUGACCUGUACCAACAAUCAAGGGCAUUGGAUCUAUUAAACUUAUUUGUUUCCCAGCUCAUCCAUUUACCAUUGUUCUAUUCCGAUUUCAGAUUGAUUAACGUUCUUCUGGAUAUGUCUUCUAAUUCAGGGAAAUACCCAAAACAAAUUUCAAGAAAAUGUACAUGUUAUCUAAUAGGGUGGUAUCAAUAUUUGGCAAGUCACCAGGAGGUUGAAGGUUUUGAAAUGCUAUUUACUGUUUGUGAAAAGGCUUACAAAAACAAGAAAAGACAUACCAAGGUCAUGAACAAAUCUUAUCAGAAGAAAAAGAAAGCAUUACCUCAAUUUUUAAGUGACACUGCCGAUCGAAGAGCUGUCACCGCUGAUGAACGGUAUGGGAUUCCAAGAAUUGACCUUGAGAAGGAAGCUCCUAAGAUUAAACUAUUGAUUAGCGACUCCUUAGAAACCGCAGUGUCUCUAUCGAAUGCUUUGUUGGCAAUUCCAGCUCAUAGUAAGUCCACCGACAGUGAGCUGUGUACGGCCAAAUUCGUUCAAGCAAGAGCAUUGAGAAGGAAGGUUCUACGUUAUUUGCAACUGAUUACCGGUGGUGAACUUUUAGGUGCUUUACUCCAUGCUAACGAGGAGUUGGUCAAUGCAUUGAUGGCAUUUGACCAAUUAGCCGAAGAAGGAGACAUGGCUUCUUUGAAUGAACGUGACAGUGAUGAAGAUGAUCAAGAGGACAACGAAGCUUACAUUUCUGAUGAGGCAUCAAUACCUUCGUACACAUCUAGAGGUGGAGCCGCUCAGCCCAAUGAUCCAUUUAGCGAUAACAAUAAAAUUAAGAAUUGA